GGAUAACUGAGUGGUGUUAAAUUGUAACUGCAGAGCGGAGAGGAUGAAAACUCUGAUCUUGGACGUUCAAAACGAACAGAAUCCGAAAUUCGUUUUAGAAAUUAAUGAAGCCGACCCUAUCCCAGAUAAAUAUGAUAUUGUUGUCCAGGUGAAGGCAUGCGCAUUAUCAUCGCCCAAUUUCAAGGUUCUUUCAGAUGUCUAUAAAAAGUAUCCUCGCAGCCGCUACAUUGUGGGAUAUGAGGUGGCUGGUAUCGUCACUCAGAAGGGAACUGGUGUCAGUAAUGUAACUAUUGGAGAUUCAGUUGUUGGUAUUGUUUCCUUAGGAAGUCAUCAUUCAGGAUGUGGGGAGUAUUGUUUGUUAUCAGAGUAUGACGUUGUGAAGAAGCCAGACCGCCUGAGCUAUGAGGAGGCAGUAGCAGGCAUUGGAGAUUGCCUGAAGGCAUUCACUGCCUUAUACUACCAGGCCCAUGUCUGUAGUGGAGACACAGUACUCAUCAUAGAUGGGGCCUCGUCAUUUGGAAAUGUUGCCAUACAGUUAGCUAGUCAAUGGGGAGCAAAGGUGAUAUCUACUGCCAGUAGUAAUGAGGAGAGAGGCAUCCUGGAAAAUCUGGACACUCCAAUAGCUCAGAUAAUUGACCUUGACCAAAGAAGUAACAUCCUGGUCAGCAGUGUGAUGGAGGAGACGGGGGGUGUGGGGGUGGAUGUUGUCAUUGACAAUGGAGUGCGACAAUUCAAUGAUGAAGAAGAUCAAAAAAUAGUGGGAGAAAAUUUAAAAUAUCCCAAACCACAUAAACAUGAUGUCAUUUCCUGUCUAGGUGCCUCUGGGAAAUGGAUCACACAGCAGCCAGGCCUCCAGUUGGAUCCACCUGAUUGCCAGCGAUUAUUUCUCCGAGGAGGGAGUGUUCACUUCCUGUUUGAGAAUAUAUGGACAUUAGCAUACUCACAACAUGGCCGAUUUCAGCACAUUCUCCAGGAUGCAGUGGAAAAACUUGAAAGGGGGGUUGUCAAGUGCAAGAUAUCAAAAACAAUCACCCUUGACAGCGCAGUUGAUACCAUGAAGAAUCUACAAGACAUUCGCACAGGAAAACUUGUUGUGAAAAUAUAACCUACCACCUGUGAGGAGACAUUCACACAGGAAAAGUUGUAAAAUUUAAUCUACCAUGUGCAAAGACAUUGGCACAGGAAAAGUUGUUGUAAACAUUUAAUUUAACACUUGGGGAAAAAAAAAUUAUCUCUUUAUAGGUAACAAGGAAUCUGUAUCUCUUAUGCAAGUGCCCUAAAGACCUUGUCUGUCAACUUGUAAAAUGCAAUGAUUCAAGAAAAAAUAAACCUGGUUAAACAAAACCAUUUACCAACUUUAGUCUCAGUAUUGAAAGUCAAGAUUACUUUCAACAUUUAACAUGUUCUCAUUGACCCAAUAAACAGGUAGAAAAUUGACAUAUUCUUAGCUGGAUUAGCUUGAUGAAAAUUCAAGAUGAGAAUAUUCAUAAGAGCAUUAGAGUCUCUGUACAUCUUUGUCAUUUCUCCAAUAAUAUACAAUGCUUGUCAUCAUUUUUUUUUUAAUGUGAAUUAAUGUAUUCCAGUUUGAGUAUGAAUAAUAAACAAUAGAAAACCUUG